AUUCUGCUCUUGUCCCCUUUGCGCUCGCCGUAGUUCCUCCCAAGAUGGCGGCCGCCGGUGACGUGCCGGUUCGAGUUUGCAACCAAGAGAUCGUGAAAUUCGACCUCGAGAUUAAGGCGGCGGUGCAGGACAUCCGGGAUUGUAUGGGACCUGUAAGUACACUUACAGAACUGAAUGCCAAAGUAAAGGAAAAGUUUCAGCAUUUACGGCUUAGAAUACAGGAGCUUGAGCAGAUGGCGAAGGAGCAAGAUAGAGAAUCAGAAAAGCAAGCAUUGCUCCAAGAGGUAGAGAACCAUAAGAAGCAAAUGCUCAGGUCAGUAAAACCCUAAAUAUUGUUUACCGCUGGGCUGUAUCCAAUGCUGUGUCCAUGUGCAAGCAAAAUGGACUUUCACUUGCACAGCAAGAUCACCUUCCUUUCCUCUUUCC